AUGCCAAACACCAAUGAGGUAGCUCCUCAGGACCUUUUUUUUUACCGGUCUGUGCUGUACCAGCAAAUAUUGCAGGGGCCUAUUGGCUCCAAACCUGGUGCGGAGAUGAUGCAUACGUUGCGGGAGGAACUGGUUCGUUCGAUGGAAAACACAGAGUUCCCGGAGUACACCGCGGUGCUUGGUGAACUCUACAAAGUUGUGACUGACAGUCUGGUUUCCGCCGCGCAUCGAAACGCGCCACACGAGCUGAUCAACAACAGUGGAAGCGACUGGUGCAUCGCGACGGACGAAAAGGAAUACCAGCUGAUGCAGGACGAUAUCUAUGCCGAAGAUGACGUUGAUGAUAUCGAGACCAACACCAGCAGCAAUAGCCGCUCGAAUGUCAGGGACUCAGAUCCGAAACAACGCAAACGUGAGGAGGUGAAAAAGAAGCGCCGGGAGGAGGAAGAAAUGUUGCUGAACGAAAAAAAGGUUCUGGAUGAAAAAAACAACGUGUACCGAACCAUUGGACCGUUCCCUGCUCCUCGGCUAACAGUACGGUCCUCACACAGCAUAUUCCCUAGCCGCAAGGCGCUGCAGCACCGUACUGCGGUGGAAACCCCAUCUCCGUCGUCGUCUUCGGAUGACGAAAGUAAGGACUCAGAGCUUCCGCCUUUGGGGAGCUCUUCGGAGUGUGGGGACGCGGUCGACCACUUGAUAGAGUUCCUAAAGCCUUUGUCGGUUGACUCACUCAAAAAGGUUGGUGAGAGUGCCAAGGCAAAGCUGCGGCCCUCGUCACCCCACGACGAGUUUGUCUCACAAAUCGCCAAAACAGCCGUGCGAUUGGGCUGUGAAAAGGCCUGUGCAUUGAUGGAUCGUCAAAAAAUCAUCGACGACGUAACCACGCAUGUGCAGACCGGCACACUGCCUACCACUGCCAGCAUCGACUUCCUGAACACACUCCCCGAGAACCUCAAGCAGUCGCUGGGGAGCAUACUCGGCCUGCCAGAGGAAAAGCCGCCGGUGGUGGAUAUGUGGGAGCGCAUAGUGGCUAUGGGCUUCCUGUCGGUGCUGACGAAUUUGCGGCUAAAGCCACUGAAGAAGAUUGUAACUGAGCUAAACAUCGAACUGCCGGAAUCGAAUUCAACCGAGACAUUCUGUGAGGCAAUCGUGUUCUCCGCGUUUCCGCGUGAGCGUCUCCGCGCCAAAAUGUCCAAAGCAAAGCAGAAAAGAGUUAAAUUUGCGGUUCCAGUGGACGGCAUGUACACAAAGGGCGACAUGGGUUUCAUUUCGUUCGAAGUUCUCAACAUCUCGAUGCUGGCACGUGAGUCAGAGCGGCACUACUCGCCCGAAUUCAACUUCGCCCAGCUAAAGUGGAGUCUGCUGUGCAUGACGAACAAGGAGUCCCUCGCCCUGUAUCUUUGCCAAACCGGUAGCGUCCACUGCAAGUUUCUCAUCACCGUCAUCAACCAAAACAAUCAAGAUGAUUCCAUAUGCAACGAGGGCACACAGAGCUUCUCUGCGGUGUCGCAAGAAAAUGACUGGGGCUUCAAUAACGUAAUCAAGUUCAACGACCUCAUGAACCUGGAGCAAGGAUUCGUCAACCCCGAGACGGACAGUAUCCUAAUCCAGGUCGGCAUCGUUCUCGUGGAGCCACUCAAGCCGGCCGUAGCGCGGGAGAAGUCGGCGCCGCAGAAGGAGAAAAAAGCGCCUGCGCCUAUCGUCGAUGAGGCCGCGGUCCGCCAACUUCUCGAGGACGAAAAGACCGAGAAUCUCCGCAAGAAGAUAAAGCAAGACAUCAAUAAAACUAUCAAGGAAGAGGAAAGAACCCGCAAAGAUAUCACCCAACGAAGUACCAAGGCGUACCAUGAUUUGUCAGAGCGCUUAAGGCAGGAAACGAAGCGGGUCCUGAAGGAGCUGGCAGACCGCGAGCGACGUGAGGAACAAGAGCGACAGUUGGAACUCGACAAGAUUCGACAUGCUCAGGAGCAAACCGCUGAAAUGAUGAUGCGGCUCGAAAAGUUGAAGAAGGAAAAUGUCGAACUUAACCAGGAGAAACAGCAGCUCACCCACGAAGUAAAGGAAGCGAAGAUAAAAACAGAGAAGCUCAACCAAGAACUCAAAGGACUCAUGGAUAAGGUGCAAUCAGCCCAGCAGAAAGUGAAAGCGCAGGAAAAGAAGAUCGAAUCAGUCAAAAAUUGCUAUCAAAACCUUUCGACUCAAGAAUCUGUCACGCCAAGUUCCUCAGAAGAGGACGAAAAUGACUUCAUAAAUGCCAAUCUCACUCGACUUAUUGAUGAAAUGACUGUGGACGUUUAA